AUUCCCCGUUGCCCACUCUCCUCUCCUCACUCCUGUCUAUUGCUACUCAUAAAGGUCAGCAUGCCUCAGCACCAAAAGAAUCCACAAUGCUUAUAUGAUCAGUGCUUUCAGACCUGCAGUGAGAUCCAAGAUAUGGAGGUUGGCCAGGUCUCCAAGACUCUGCAAGAGACCCAUCUGUCCUCUUAUCCUCUGAUACCUGGCAGUUCCAAGGAGGCUCCUGAUGCUGGUAAACCCAGUACCCCUGAGAGUCAUCAGAGUUUCUGCUCAUCUUCCAUCGCCAUGACAACCACCUCAUCAGGUGAAUUGAAUGAGGGUGCCAAUGGCCAAGAAGAGGAGGUUGGCACCUCAUGGGCUGGGCCUACCCCCAAGAAUGUUCCCAUACGUGCUCUAGAUGAGAAAGUGAUUUCAUUGGUCAAUUUCAUGCUCUUCAAGUAUCACAUGAAAGAGCCCAUGACAGAGGCAGAUAUGAAGGUCGUCAUCAAAGAGUAUGAAGACCACUUCACCGAGAUCUUCCUGAGAGCCUGUGAGCACAUGGAGAUGGUCUUUGGCCUUGAUGUGAAGAGAGUGGAUCCCACCAACCACUGUUAUGGCCUCUUCAUCAAAUUGGGCCUCACCUAUGAUGGGGUGCUGGAUGGUGAAGAGGGCAUGCCGAAGACCGGCAUCCUGAUCUUUAUCCUGGGUGUGAUCUUCAUGAAGGGCAACAGUGCCACCGAAGAGGAAGUCUGGGAAGUUCUGAAUUUGACGGGGAUAUAUGCCGGGCAGAAGCACGCCAUCUUUGGGGAGCCCAGGGAGCUCAUCACCAAAGAUUUUGUGAAGGAAAAGUACCUGGAGUACCGGCAGGUGGCCAACAGUGAUCCGGCACAGUUUGAAUUCCUGUGGGGCCCGAGAGCCCACGCUGAAACCACCAAGAUGAAAGUCCUGGAGUUUCUGGCCAAGGUUCAUGGGACUGACCCGAGCUCUUUCCCAUCUUCGUAUGAGGAGGCUUUGCAAGAUGAAGAAGAGAGCGCCCGAGCCAGAAUUUCGGCCUGGUCCACUUCUACUUCUGGGGCCACUGGGCCUUCUAGGGCCAAGUCCCGUCAUUUCUCUUGCUCCUAGAGAAAAACCUGAGGCAGGUUUUUCAGUUUGUGUUUGAGAAAGGGCAGUUAGUCUUCAUAGAACUUAGGUCUGGUUUGGGGCUGAAAGGAAUACGGUAGAUAUGCCUAUGUGUUCCCAAAUUAUUGUGUAACUUGAAAAUUUAUUCUUUUUUAACAUAAUGUAUUUGUUCAAAUAUUGUGUCUUUAAUGUAGAUUAAAUUUAAUUUAGAUUUAAUUAGCUUAAAAUCUACAUGUUUGUGGAUGACAUUGGUCACACAUUUAAUAUUAUAAUGAGGUUUAAUAGUAAGAGCUUUAUUAUUUUGUGAAACUAAUUGUGAAACCUUCUUAUUUUGUCAUCUAGAAUAACAUAACAUGGAAUUGCUAUAGGCAUUUACUGGAAAUGUGAGAUUGAUCAACUUUAAGGUGGUUGGGUUCACAAAAAUAGA